GUCCACGACAUCACAAAGAAAGCAGUUACUCGCGUCAUUCUCGAGCUGUCCAUUGUGUGCAGAAGACGUGAGUUAUUGUUUAGUGCAGGCAAUUUUCUUUUUGACUUCGAUCUGUCUACAGACAUGGAUUUAUUCUCUCUUUUGAUAAGAAUGUUUGCUGUUCUUAAGGAACCUACAGCAAAUUCUGGGAAUUUCACAACCGUCGUUAAUGGCUAUGAGCUGCCUGAUCGUCAAUUUAAGAAUGUUGCAGUCUUCAGCCAAGUCUCAAAAGCAUCACUGACAGUUGAUAAUUCCGCAGUAUCUGCUGACAUGGGGGACUUUACUGAACAGUAUCAUGAACUUAAUUUGACCAAGAAGACUAGUGUUAUUCAGACCACAGACACACUGAGAUCUGAAGUGGAAACUGUGGAGCAUAUCCAAAUGUAUACCACAGACUCAUAUGUUACUGGGAUAGGAAACCUCAAACAAGAUUAUGAUGAGUUCAGUGUGACAACAGAACAAGCUGAAAUGGGCACACUCACCCCUCAAUCAGAGCGCUAUACAACAGUAGGAAAUGACUCAUCAGUAUCACAGAUGGAAAACAUGCCCUUGUGUGUAUCUACCACUGUUCUCCAAUUAACCACAAUCAUGAUAAUAUUACUCGGUGCUGCUCUAAUCAUAGCAUCCAUCUGGAGAAUGUGGAUCUACUAUUUUAGAUUCCUCUCUGUUGAGUAUAAUAUUAUAUACACAAUGCAGUACAGUAAUGGAGAAUUCCUUACUGUCGAAUAUCAUGAUACAGUUACUGUUUACAGUGCUUAAAAUUCCCCAUCCACACACUUAUCCAUCACACACCCAGAAACAAACACCUCCUCUCCUCUGCUCCACCACAUUUAGUUUUUGAUCCCUUCUGAUGCUUUACCCUUCUGCCCCUAUCCAUACUUUCUGACUGAUUCAUUACUACAUAUGUAAACACACACAUGUCCCCUCUCAAGACACAGGAAAAUAUACGAAAUUCGAAAUUCCUCUUCAGUCAACAACAGUGUCAUAGUGGAUACAGUUAUGUUCAGUUUCUUUGACCCUUGUAUAACAGAGAACAAUUGUGUAUCUGAAAUCUACAUUCUACUAGCUAAAUUAAGUGUAUGUGAAGUGAAUUAUGAUGUGAAAACUGUAAUUUUCUGGGGGUUUCACAAAAGCUCCUAGUAUUCUGUCUAGUCAAUGUUACCAUCUACCAGUUUGUAAAUUACCGUUGACCGAUUCAUGAAAACGGAGACUAUAGGUAAACUAACAAUUUCAGGAGGAUAUGAAAUUGUCACACAACGUGUUACACAAAGCAAAUGACUGUUUGAGUAAAGUGGAUGAAUAUACAGUUUUGUCAACAUCAUCACUUUCACUUUUAUGUUGAAUGUAACCAACUUUUGUGCAGUUACAGUUGUAAAAUUUUGUUUAUUAUAUAUAAGUAUUAUAAUGCAAAAUAUUUUACAAACAUAUUUAGUAGAACAAGAAAAUGUUUACAGUAUGUUUUUUUUAAAAUGAAAGAGUGUCUUACAACAGCACUAAACCAGGUUACCUCUUUUGCUUUGGUAUUUAUUGUGUACAACAUUUGUGUAGUUACAGUUAAGAAUUUGUAUUGGUCCUAUAAGAAAAUAAAUAGAUUUUGAACA